AACGUGCGCGCAUCUCACUCUUGGCGUCAUUUAGCAAGGCUUCUUCUUGCUCUCUUAGCUGCUACAUCUUGCUAAAAAGCUCUCCAGGUCCAGCCCUAAACUGACCUUGUCCUCUUCUACUUCUCGCCCUUAUCGUUCUUUUCGCCUCUCUGUAAGUCUUAAUCGAAGCGAUAUGAGUGUGUCGGUCGAGUUGCUAUCAAUAAAAAACCCUAACCCUAGGAUCAGUUUCAGCAAUGGAGUUGUGAAGAGAGCUCUGUGUACGUCGCCAUCUCUCCAGUUCGAUUCUCGUGGUUGCCGGGUUUCGCUCUUUAUCGCAAAUGGACUUGGCGUUGGCUCUUGUUUGCGUCUUCCACGGAGUUCGAUUAAUCGGACAUUUGUCGUUUCUGCAGCUUCCCACGAGGAAUCGGCUUCGGAAAUUGAAAUAGAGAAGAAUGGUGAGGAUCUCAAAGCUAGUGUUGAAGAAUCGAAUGAAGCUUGGAAACAGGCGUUGGAGUCGUUCAAAGAACAAGCUUUAAAACUGCAGAGUGUGUCUCAAGAAGCAUAUGAGAUAUACUCCAAGAAAGCUUUGAUCAUAUUGCAAGAAACUUCAGAGCAGUUGAAAAUCCAAGCCGAAAAGGCUAGACAGGAAUUGACUGUUGUAGCGAAGGAACUCAGUGAAGAGGGUAAAGAAUAUCUCACCACGGCUGCGGAGAAGUCUCCUGAAGUUAAGGAGAUUGUGGUAACAUUUACAUCGUCAACUGAUGAAUUGAAAGAUGUAACUAAAAUCCGUGAUUUUCACGUUGGAAUACCAUAUGGUUUGCUUCUUUCUCUCGGUGGUUUCCUUUCCUUCAUGUUAACAGGCAGCACAUCUGCCAUCAGAUUUGGUUUAAUUCUAGGUGGCGCACUUUUGGCUUUAAGUAUCUCCAGUUUAAGAUCACAAAACAAAGGAGAAACAUUUCCCUUAGCCUUGAAAGGGCAGGCAGCUAUAGCAACUAUAAUAUUUUUAAGGGAGUUACGUAUAUUUUCUCAGAGAUUCACAUUUCCAGCUUCUGUGACAACCCUUAUUAGUGGUGCAGUGGUAGCAUUCUAUGCAUAUAAGAUCAUUAUUGAUGGCCAGUGGAGAAAAGGAUCAGGCUCAGAAUCUGGGGCAGAGAAUUGAUCGGUUUGUUCCAAGUUGCAGAAACAGAGAACUUUCUGGAGCAAAAGUUGCUUGAUGCUAUGGGAAAGUGGUGCAUGCAGAAGGAAUUCUAUUCCCUGGAGGAUAUAGUGGAAAGGAGUCAAUAAUAAUCCAGUAGGCAGUUUUUUACUUGUGAUGCUAUAAAAAAUCAUAGGCGUGUUCAGCCUCGCAAUUGCAAGUAUAAUAAAUGGGAAAAGAUUGCUGCAGACCAA